AUGCGAACCUCCCUGACCACCAUUAAUUGCGAUGUGUUUAAACAGACUGAUCGAAAUAAACAACGUUUUCCUCUUUUAGUAACUCAGGAGGAGAUCCCAGCGGUGAUACCCUCACUUGUAGAAAACUUGGAGACUGACAUCCAGUGUCUCGCAACUGAGGAUUCUCUAGACAGGUAAAACCCUUGUCAUAACCACUGUAAUAAUUGUGCAGACUUUUAGAGCGAACUUUCAAAAGCGGAGCUGAGACGUUGCACUUUUCGGAUCUCUUGCCUCCAUCUGUGUCAAGGAAGCUCGCUGCAAAGGCGCUGCACCACCUGCUGUGUAAGGCAACCCCCUCUUUCUUACAGCAGUUCUCCGAGCUCGCACUUUGCCAGUCUCUUUCGUGUCCCCGAGAGCCUCGGCCCUAAACGUCGCUUUGACCUCUGCGGGAGCCCAGUCCCAUCCGAUUUCGAAGGAUCGAGUUAACUUUAUUCAUUCCACCGCGUUUUUAAUUAAUUCCAGUCUCUUCACUUACGCGCUGGCUUUUCAUUAGAGACGAGUUUAAACAAGUUUAUUUUUGGCAAAAACCAGGAACAGGCUGUGCCUGGAACAUGAAGCAUCGUUUUUAUUUUAGCAGAGACGUUACUAAUAUGUCCUGACUAAGGUCAGAACCGCGUGUAGAGGAGCUUAGUAUUUACUCUACGAGAAAAGUUGAUGACAAUUUGCUACCCCAAUCGGCUAAAACAACGCUCAUUGCUAUUUUUAGGUCUCCUCAAGAAACGAAAAAUCCGGGUGUCACAAUCUACACCCUUCGGACCUAUCAUUGUGUCUUCGAGAACUUAA